UGUCCAUUUGGUUUCAAUAAAGUUUACAGAUCAUGAAUAAUAUACAGUUGAUUGUUGGAUCAUUGUUACUGCUAUUAUUCAUACCAAAAAGUUUUUCGCAAGAAAAUGAUGUGUACUACGUUGCGGAAUUCACAGACGAAAUAAGAGAUUGUGAUGGUUUCGAAAACAAUGUAUUUAAAUGUAAUUCCUUAACUGUAUCAUAUAUAAAGGGGGAGGAGGAAGAAGAAGAAGGAAAACUAGGUCUCUCUGGGAAACUAGAACUACUGGCGGAUAUAACUGACGAAUAUAGUAUAGAUUUAAAAGUAUGGAAGCAAACGGAUUUGGCCAAAGAGUUCAUGUAUGCAAUAUCGGGAAGCAUAUGUGCUACGCUUCAUAAAGAAGACACACCUUGGUGGCCUUUAGUCAAGAGUCUAAAGUCAUCUGAAUGUCCAAUAAAACAAAAAGAAUAUCCAAUAGAUAACAUGGUAUUGUCACUAGAUUUUGCGAAGGACGUCUUGCGUCACGAGUUCGUUGGAGAGUACGAAAUACAACUGUCUAUGAUAGACCAACUUGAAAAUCAGCUAUCUUGUCACAUUCUAUUUGCUGGAAUUUCAGAAAAGACAAAAGAUUAAGUUGGUUGACCUAUUUGUCAAAAUAAUUCAUAUAUGUUUCAUAAAUGUGUAAUUAAAUUCGUUUUAUUAAACUGUAUAAAUAUCUCAA